CCUGUACCAGAUGCAGGUCUUAUCAGUGGAAGAGGCCAAUAUAAUUGUUCUGCGGCUUUGCCUGGAUCGAAGUGUGAUCCUAAUAAUAUGCCAGCGAUUUAUACCGUGCAGAAAGGUAAAAAAUAUCGAUUUCGUAUAAUUAAUAUGAGUGCCUAUGCUUUUUUCUGGUUUUCGAUCGAUCAACAUAUGUUACAAAUCAUUGAAGUUGAUGGAGUUACUACAAAAGCAUCAAAUGUUAGUGUUUUACCAAUUCAUAUUGGACAACGCUUCUCUGUUAUCGUUGAGGCAUCUCAAAAAGUUGGCAAUUAUUGGAUACGUUCGGACGUACCAGAAGAUUGUGUACCGAGUCCACCUGAUACAAUAAAUCACAACUCGCCAUUUGACAAUAAUAGGAAUAUAACAGGAAUCUUACAAUAUGAAGGUGCACCUAAUGAUACACUUCCAACAUCCACAAAGGUCAAUGAUGAUUGGUCUAGAAAUCUAUAUCCAUGCCGUGAUAUUGAUGUUAAUUUAAUAAAACCAUACGAAGAAGUAGCACCGCCUCUAAAAAUUACAGAUCAAAUUAAUGUUACUGUAACGCUUCAUCCUGACGAGCAUAAUACCACCAAAGCUUAUAUUAAUAAUCAAUCUUGGAUUCCUGAUAUAACAAAUCCUUCAAUUAUGCAAAUUAUGAGCGAAAAUAUUAGUGCAACGCAAUUUCCUAUUAAUGCUAAUGCAUAUAUGUAUGAUACUGAGGGUGGUGCUGUGGAAAUUGUUCUAUUCAGUAAUUGUCAUCAAAAUCUUGCUGAACAUCCAUUCCACUUGCAUGGACAUAAUUUCUUUAUUAUAGGAAUAAGUGCUAAUGAGACAAUGCCUGUUACUAGUAAAUAUAACUUGGUCGAUCCACCUCUUCGUGUUAUCCCUGGUAAUGGAUGGGCUGUAAUCCGUUAUAUUAUCAAUAAUCCUGGUGUUUGGGCUUUUCAUUGUCAUAUAGAGUGGCACGUUGAACUGGGGAUGGUAUUUCAAUUGAUCGAACAGCAAGAAAAACUCAAGCAACUCAAACUACCAGAUUCUGUUGCAGGAUUAUGUGCACCAGGUUAUCAAAAUGCUACAAAACCAAUAAAAAGAAAAACUAGGAAGAGUAUAGAAUUUACUAAAAAACGUCACGCUA